AUGUCGUAUAUGCGUCGCCCGUCGGCCACUGGCGACCGAGCAUACACCAACGGAGACGGCUACCAGUUCCCACGUCGCUACGACCUCGAUGCCACCAGUAGAGACAACAGCGCCGAUGAGAGGAGCCGAUCAAGAGGCCCUGCCGCUGGAGGAGGCUAUGGCGGCCUUGGACGAGCACAGGAUGACUUCGUUCCCCGAGUAGGGAGUCCGGCGCGACUCGACCGCAGCAAGAGAGCCAGCGGAGAGGGACGAGCUAUGAGCCGGAGCAGGAGCAGAGCCGCUUCCCAAAUGCGUGCCCAAGAAAACAGCAGACAAGUCGAGGACAUCCUGCGCUACAUAGACCGCCAUUGGGGACAAAUGGCCAAUGAGUCGUGUGUGCCCGUCAAGGUCGCUCUGCAACUCAUGGAUCAGAGCUCUCUGGGUCUCGCCGAUCAGUACCAAGGUUUCCAAGACACACACCAACAGUUGCAGGAUGCUCUUAAAGCCAUUGUCAACCAACACCAUCAAGGUUUCAACUCGUCCAUUGGUACAUUCCAUCAGAUUCAAUCCAGCAUUCAAUCCUCUCAGCAGAGAGUCCGUACCUUGAAGCAGUCUCUCGUCCAGGCCAAGGGAAACCUCCGUACUACUCGCCCAGAACUCAAAGCUUUUGCUCAGUCAAGCCAGAGCUACGACCAGAUGCUCCAGACUCUGGCAUACAUUGAACAACUACAACUCAUGCCAGAGAAGCUUGAAGCUCAAAUCUCAGAGAAGCGCUUCCUCGGUGCUGUUGAGACGCUGCAAGAGGCCCUGAAACUCAUGCACAAGCCUGAUAUGGAAGACAUUGGUGCCUUGAGUGACUUGCGCGUUUACUUCAGCAACCAAGAACACUCCAUCACGGACAUACUCAUCCAAGAACUACACAGUCAUCUCUACCUCAAGAGUCCAUACUGCGAAGAACGAUGGAAGCAAUAUACCAAUCGCUCUACUACCACCGGAACUGCUUCGUUUGAGAUCGAAGGACGGCAGCUGUACCGCUUCCUCGAGUCUUUUGACCCGUCACAAAUUCUGACCGAAGACACGUCUCGCAAUCCCGAAGCAGAUACCUUCUCAUAUAUUCAACUCCUAGUUGAAGCAUUAGAUCGUAUGUCCCGUCUGGAUCUUGCAAUUGAUCAGAUCGAGCAGAGACUACCUGUUGAGCUGUUUCGUGUGGUCGAGAGAUCGUACACCGAAGUUGAGCAAAACUACCCUGGCCUGAUUCGUGGAGCCGCAAAACAGCAGCACUUCCAGCUUGAUAACAUCAACGCUGACAUCAACCAAGACAAGAAGAUGAUCCUCGAGGACAUGUUGUCUACUUUGUAUGCCAAGUUCGAGGCCAUCGCGGAGGGUCACCGCGUUCUCCAUGAGGUCAUUGGUGGGAUAUUGUCCCGCCAAGGCAGUGAUGAGCCAGCUCUGUUGCGCAGUUUCCGCGAACUUUGGAAGCUGUAUCAGAGUGAGAUCCGAAGUUUACUGCACGAUCAUCUGGCUGCCAGUGACAGCCCUGAAAACUCAUCACAUCCCGAGCAUCACCAUGCCACAAACAUGUUCAAACCGCAUGCUCGAGAUCGCAACAAGCGUUUGUUCAAGCUGGCAGAUACGGACAGCAAGUCUACUGAGUUGACCAUAGAGAAAGAAGACCUCGACUUCAUUCUCAAAUCCUCCGUUCCUGGUCUGGCAGCUACUGGUACGACACCCGCUGCAAAGGAUGCCGAGAAUGAAAAGAACGAAGAUCGCUCGGCAACUGGUCACAAGCUAUUGGUCGAGCCGAGCGUCUUCAACAUGGGCAUUCUGCUACCUCCUUCGUUAUCUUUCUUGACAAGACUGAAAGACAUUGUACCACCGAGCUCAGAGAUUGUGUUGAGCACCCUCACCUCAUUCCUCGACGAUUUCUUAAUAAACGUCUUCCUUCCACAACUGGAAGAAGCAUUGACAGAUAUGUGUAUGGUCGCAUCUGCAGAGAGCGACGCCUUCCAACAAGACCCCAAAUGGCAACAACGAGCACAAAAGCCAGUCUUCAAGGGCACAGCAAACUUCCUAGACUUGAUAAAAGCCUUUUGCAUGCUGCUGGACAGUUUGCCUCAUGAUCAAGCCUUCAGUCAAUUAGUAAUGGCACAAAUGCGUAUCUACUACGAUAAAUGCUACAAUUGGUAUCGCGCACUGGUCAUGCGACCACAGCAAGAUUCCAGCGAAGAAAGGAAGCCCAAGCGCUCCGCCGCACUGGCAGAAUAUAACGCAGACAUGCGAGACGCAGUGGCCACUUUGCUUGCCCAUGAAGCCGAAGACGCAGACGAUGUGCAGCGCUUGAUGCAAGAACAAACCGCAUCCCUGAUCGCCAACGUCAAGGCCUCUCCCCUCACAGACGCCGACCUCAUCCUCGACCGCAAAUGUCUUAGUGGAUUAUGUACCUUAUACAACAGCACACGCUGGUUUGUCGCCCACGCGACCGAACUCCGCCACAUGUCGUCCUCAAUGUCAAACUCCAACACCGCCACAACAUCUUCACGCCAUCAGACCCGCCGCUGGACAACUCUGAUAUCGCCAAACCCCCAUGCAGCAAUCUACUUACCUCUCGACACACAGUCCUCUCGCGAUUUUGACGCCAUCACAACCUCAAUGUCCGAACUAGGUUCUUUAAUCCUCCGAACACUGCACCUCGAAAUGCGUCUGCAGAUUCUGGCUGGUGUUUCUCGAGCACUGAGCACCACUUACCUGCUCGGCCAACCCUACAACGAUCCCGACCCGUCCAUUCUACUGCUCUCGAAACAAUUGCUCGAUAUUGACGAAACACUAUCUUUGCACUUACCUUCUGCCCAACAUUCGCUGCUGGUCCUCCAUCUCGCACACCCAGCCUCUAUCGCCCUCACCACCUUCACUCCCUCCAUCCCCGCCAUGGAUUCCCACGGUAUAGGCCGCAUGCAUUUGAAUAUCUUUGUAUUGCAGAAUGUGCUCAAGGAUAUCGAAGCAACGUCAUCCUUGCAGCAAGCAGCGGAUUUCUGGAGUUGGUUUGGAGAUUCGGCGUGGAGUGUGGUAGGAGGAUUCGAGGAAGGCGUGCUAACGAAGGAAGAAGCGAGAGAAUUGAUCAGACUUUGGGGCAGUGGGAAAGGGGAUGUAGGUAGAGUUGAGGUGGAGGAGGCAUCGAGGAGAUUGUGA